UCAUCCCUCCGGUUUCCCUCACAAGCCCGCCGCCGGAAUGGCCCGCGCCCCAGUUAUUCCGCGCAUGCGCCCUGCCCUUUCCGAACAGGGCUGGUGAGGGGGAAAAAAAUUUGUUGUGGGAGUUUAAAGGAGAAGACUCGAGCGAGGCGGGAGGAGGAGGAGGAGGAGCCUAAUUUUGAUUCUAAAAAAAAUUAAAAAUCAAAGACUAAGCUGAAAGAUGGAACAGAAUCUCUCGGAGAAAAAACCAGCCAUCGCCCAGACUGCAGACUUCGAUGUAAUGGGUGCCUUAGACUGGAAAGACGGCAUUGCUACCUUGCCAGGUAGCAACAUACAAUUCCGUUUAAGUGAGUUUGGAACAUUGGAACUCAUUACAGAAGUUGAAGCAAAAGCUCUCUCUGCCUCUUCAGUAAAUACCAGUUCAGCCGUCCUUAACUUGUCUACCUCUUCUGCUCCCAACACCAUAACUGUUCGUGAUCCUGAAGAACCCAAAGACUGCAUUCUCAGAUCAGGUCUCCAGAGCAGCAAAAAUAUUAAAUACCCUGAGCAAAUGGACUGCUUUGACAAUUCCCACCAGGAGAAAGACAGAAUUUCUAAAGACACUCCAAUUGACUGUGGGAAACGAACGGGUAAUAGCCAGGUUUAUGAAGCUGACAGACCCUCCAAGCGUCUUCGGAGAAAAAGGAAAUUGCUUUUGGAUUCUGAAGAUGAGGAAGAAAAUGCAGAUGAUGAUGAGGUAAUGGAAAAGAAUAAAUUAAAUUCGAAAAACCGCAGGACUACUAAAACAGUUAAGCAAGUGAUUCCUGGAAAGAAGAAUGUGUGGAACUGGAUCUCAUACUUAGAAGAGGAACGAAUGCCAGCUGCUCCACUGAAACUUUUCAAAGAGUAUCAGUCGUUUCCACAAAACAAAAAUGGAUUUAAAGUUGGAAUGAAGCUAGAGGGCCUAGAUCCUGAACAUCCAUCUUUAUUUUGUGUCCUUUCUGUUGCUGAGAUACAAGGAUACAGAAUGCGAUUACAUUUUGAUGGCUACUCGGAAUGCUACGAUUUCUGGGUCAAUGCUGAUUCUCCAGACAUCCACCCUGUUGGCUGGUGUGAAAAAACAGGUCACAAGCUACUGCCUCCUAAAGGUUACAAAGAAGGAGAAUUUAAUUGGACUUCAUAUUUGAAGAACUGCAAAGCUCAGGCUGCCCCCAAAACACUUUUCAAGGCCAUGAGCACAUCAGUUACCCCUUCUGGUUUUCGAGUGGGCAUGAAGCUAGAGGCAGUGGACAAAAAGAACCCUUCGUUAAUGUGUGUUGCAACUAUUGCAGAUAUGCUGGAUAAUCGGCUGCUGGUACAUUUUGACAACUGGGGGGAAAGUUAUGAUUACUGGUGUGAUGCUAGUAGUCCAUAUAUUCGACCUGUUGGUUAUUGCCAAGAAACAGGAACUCCUCUAACAACACCAGCUGAAUACAAAGAUUUCAAAACCUUUUCAUGGGAAAAAUAUUUGGAAGAAACUGGUUCUCAAGCAGCACCAGCAAGAGCAUUUAAAUUGCGUCCAGCUCAUGGAUUUCAACCUAACAUGAAACUAGAGUCUGUAGACAAAAGAAACCCCAUGUUAAUUAGAGUGGCAACUAUAAUAGAUAAAGAUGACUAUCGUGUCAAGAUACACUUUGAUGGCUGGGACCAUAGUUUUGACUUUUGGAUUGAUGCAGAUAGUCCAGAUAUACACCCUAUGGGGUGGUGUGCGAAAACUGGACAUGCCUUGCAGCUCCCACCAGGUACAGUGGAUCCAUCCACUGCAGUGGGACAAGGAUGCCCUACUCCUUGUUGUCUGGGAUUGGGUCAUGUUAGGGGACCCAGAUACGGAACACAUUACACGUUAGUUGGCUGCCCAUAUUCUGAAAUCAAUCGCAACCGAGAGAAUUCUUUACAAGAUCGUCUAGGUGGAGAGAAACCUUCUCCCAGUAUUAUUGUUCAAAAACCCAAGAAGCCGGAGACUUCUGUAUCACUUCCAGAUCAGGAUGACUCUCCAAAGUCUAGGAAGUCAUCCACAGAAGAUGGAGAGAAAUCAGAAUGGAGCAGUGGGCAGAGUCUGUCUGAGCAGUCUGAGACCAGCCAACAGAAGGACUCAUCUGAGGAAGGGUCAUCUGCUGUUACCAGAGUUAAAUCAAAAGGGAUUAAUUUGUCACAUAGCUGUAUAAAGCACCAGCUAGUGAAGCAGGAUACUGAUGGAAGAGACGCAGCGCUUGCUCUUCAACAGGCCCUCCACCAGUCUGUCUUCAUGCCUUCCCUUUCCACAAACCCUUCUCACCGUCUCCAUCUCUGCUGGGAGCAACACUGCAAACUGCUGCCAGAGGUCUCUGGUCUCACUGCAAAGAAUGUGGCCAAAUGGAGUGUGGAAGAGGUGGCUGGUUUUGUACAGCGUCUCCCUGGCUGCAAGGAUCAGGCUGCACUCUUCCGACAAGAGCAGAUUGAUGGCGAAGCCUUCCUCCUCCUGAACCAGUCAGACAUUGUUAAAAUCCUCAGUAUCAAACUGGGGCCUGCACUGAAAAUUUACAAUGCCAUCCUUAUGUUCAAGACUGCAGAAGAAGACUGAGACAGCUCCUUUAGGACCAGACUGGGCAAAGAGGUCAAAGCUAGAACAAAUUGGAAGCAGAAAGCCCAGCUACACUUUUACUGAAUAAGUUAUGAACUUGGAAAGGCAGCGAGUGGCCUAAUCGUAUUUCAGGCUGUCUUGAGCUGAACCUGCUGAAAGGACCCUGAAGAAGUACCGUCCCUUCUGCCACCUGGAAUGGAUGUGGUGGCUUCCCUUCUAGGAAGAGAUAAUUAUUUUUCCCUUAAUUGUAUUUGCAUAUGGUUAUAUUGAUCUUUUGUGAAGAUCUUGACAAUGCCUCCAGUUAUAAGAGGAAUCCUGGGUAUUGCUGUUGGUAGGAAGCCAAACUGAAGCAAAGUGACUUACGUGUUGAGAGUGCCUGAAACUGAAUCCAAGCUAUCACUGUUGUGCUUUGAUGGCUUCUGUAUGCACAGAACAUAGAACUGAGGCUUAAGCGGACAAGGGGAAGGAGAAAUUCCUCAAAGCAGUGCAGUUGAAUUCCUUAUCAAACACCUUUAUUUUGUCGGAAUAGUUUUAAAUCCUUAUCUUUUUAUUUUCUUACAGCUGUUGAAAUACUGUCAGCAUUUCUUGAGUUUGGGUCAGUGGCAGGAAUGACAGCUACCUCCACCUUCAGGUGAUUGUGUCUGCCUUGCAAGCUAUGGAAAUGUAUAGUUUAGGAGUUGGAAUUAAAAUAGAUUUAAAAGAAGACACCAGAGAUGUUUUUUAUCAAAGGAAGACUAAUCGUUUGGGCAAAGGAGUAGAGUAACAAGAUUCUGUCUGUGUUAAAAAAGAUGGUGGUGCUUCCAUCAUCUUCCAGUUCAGAUCAAGAUCAGAUUGGGUAGAUGGAAGCCUACCCAGUUCUGUCAGGGUUUUUUUUGGGGGGGGGCGGGGGAUAAUUGGUGGGGCAGUGGCAGCAUAAUGUGCUACCAGUCACAGUAUUUGUUAAAAUUACAGCUGGUUUGUGCAUCUGUGUAACUUGCUUGGCUCUCUCAUAGUUUUAAGGAGAUGAGUGUUCAGUAUAUGAGCUAACUACUGCUGCCUUUUGUCCACCAUUUUUUUCAGUAGCAAUUACAGAGACACUUCUAAGCCCCUGUUGAAAUUAAAUAAAUGGAGGCAGCAGUAUGGAAUUAGGUGUUUCACACCUGGGACCCCACAUUUCUGCUGUGGAGUGCAAUAUGAAGCUAAUAUGCUCAGUUAUUGAAACAGUUUGCCUUUGUUUUGAUCAGAAAUUGCUAUUUUUUGUCUUUAGAACAGUAUUUACCUGAUUUACUAUGCAGCAAACCAUCUUGUGGGUUUCUGCUGAAACAUGGUGUGAUAUUUGGCUGGAUGGAAGAAGGUAGAAGGGGAAGUGCAGGAUACCACACCUGUUGAAAGAAAGGAAACUAAUACAAAUCUUGUAUAGGAAAGAUCCUGCCUUGGGAUACAGUCACACACUUAUUUUCUUUUCAGUAGCGGGGGAACAUAUUAUUAACUUUGUCACAUAACCUCUUCCUCUUGCAUGCACAUCAGAGCAAACAUUUUACAAUGUUUAGUAUCCGACAAACAGGAGUCCCUUGAAGAAUACUUCACAAAAUCAAUCCAAAUUGACUCUUUAUUUAAUGUAAAGCAAUUAAUUGUAUUAGUUGGUGUUUUAUCAGAAAUGGGUGAAAAGGGUAGUUCUAAAAAGAUAUGAAGGAUAGUACUCUCUUAAUGUGAUCUGUCAUGGUCAGGAAAUAUGUGAGCCAAAAAGUACACAGUUUUAUUGUUGGUCAGUGGCAUAUGUCCUCUUUAAUUAAUUACCUCUUAACUUAUAUCAUAAAUAAAUAGGAGACACUACAGUGAACAAUGGUUUUGGGCUUCCAGUUACAUCUCCUUCACAACCAUCUUCUUAUUGCUGAUAUACCUAUUUUUUAACAGUCUUCAUAACCUUUCUAAAUUCAAGGUGACAUAAAACUUGUAAAUAGCACACAAUCUCUGCUGCUGAGUCUGAACAGUAUUGAAUAAAUCUGCCAAGGCAAUA